AAGUCCCACCCCCUUCUGUCAAGUUCCAACCUCUUGGCGCGAUCAGUACUACCGGGUAAUCACUCCUGUUCUUGGCACUGAAGCAACAGCAAGCAUUCCACCGUUUCUGUUCAAUAUUUCUCUCAAAAUGUCUUACCGGCACGGAACCAGACACACCGACGCCGACUUUAACGGCGAUGAAAAUAGAAACAAGGGUCCUUCAAAGUGGUCCAACUGCCGUAAACGAGGAGCGGACGGCAGCCUGAGGCCCCACGUUGAGCCGGAACCCACAGACGAGAAAGAAAGAAUACACGAGAACUCAGACGGCAGACCAAGCAGCUUCACCACCCCAGAAGGAGAGGGACCCAUGUCUCGCUGUGCCGACUGGGGCUCCGAGGUGGACGAGCACGAGAUGAGGUCCAGCGUACGGCGCGACAUGCAACGUUACAGGAGGAGGAUUCUGACGGCUGAGUUCUCUCAGAGGGAACGGAAGGCCUCCACUGAAAGCUCGGACUCUCGUGAAUCUCCUGUCCCUGCAGGAGAGAUGGAAACGGACGAGUCGGUGCUACUGAGGAGACAGAAGCAGAUAAGCUACGGCAAAAACACCCUGGCUUACGACCGCUACAUCAAGGAAGUGCCCAGACAUCUGCGCCAGCCUGGCACCCACCCCCGCACCCCAAACAAGUUUAAGAAGUACAGCCGCCGCUCCUGGGACCAGCAGAUCAAGCUUUGGAAGGUCAAGCUGCAUGUGUGGGACCCCCCAACGCUGGAGGGAAGCGACCUGCAGGCCAUAGAGGAAUUAGACCUGGGAGACGUGAUGGACAUCCAGCUGGAUGUAGACUUCCCUGGCAGCUCAGACUCCAGCACACCCUGUUCCAAAGUCAGCAAGGCCUCGGAGGACUCGUGUUUAGGGACGCCCAGCAAGAUGAUGAAGACAGACCCAGAGCUGGACCUGGCCUAGCUACACUUGCCCCCCUUCCCCCCCCAUGUCCUCCUCUCCUCUGGGUGCUGGCCCCCAGGUAACAUGCAGCCUCACAGCCCUUCUAGAAAGUACUGUAAAUAAACAGGAU